CAUGCGCAGUGCCUUUUCUCUUGGCGCGCAGGUGAUCCUCCCUCACUCAUUAAUCAUUAUGGAGAAAGCUGUUCUUGAAGCUCUUGGAGACCAAAAGCCAGAAGAAUUACCUGAUCUUGUUCUUCAUGGCAUCAAUUCAGCAGAUAUAUCUGGAAUCACAGAGUCCUUCACUCAACUGAAGAAAUUGGAGAUUGUCAAUUGUGCCCUAAAGUCUGUCUCUGGUCUGCCAUCUUUACCAUCAAUCAAGACUUUGAUGCUUGGCGAUAAUAAUCUCAAAGGUAAAGAGCCAGUGGAACACAUAGUCAGUGUAUGUCCCCAUAUUGAGAUACUCAGUCUCGUUGGGAACAAGUUUGAAUCUGUGGAUGACAUGAUCCCAUUGGAAGGAUUGAAAGGUCUUACGAGCCUUGAUCUCUUUAAUUGUCCACUGACAGAGUUUAAUGGCUACAGAGAGAAGCUAUGGAGUCUACUCCCAAAACUGAACGUGCUUGAUGGUUACGAUCGUGAAGGGAAAGAAGUAGUAGAUGAUGAGGAAGAGGAAGAGGAGGAGGAGGAGGAAGAAGAAGAGGAGGAGAGUGGUGAUGAUGAUAUAGGACUUGAUUAUCUUCAGAGAGAAAUAAUUAGUGACGAUGAAGACGAAUAUGAUCCAAAUGCCACCAACAGUCCUCCGAGUGAUGAUCACGAUUUUGACGAAGAAGAGGAAGAAGACGGAAGAAAGGAACUGGGAGAGAGCAGCAAGAGGAAAAGCAUUGAGGACAUUGGCCCUUCAACAAAGAGGGCAAAGUUAGAAGAAGAGGAAGAAGACGGUUUAGAGGAUGGGGUUGGAGCAGGAGGUGGUGAAGAUUAAGGACACACAUUUACACGCACACACACACACACACACCAUUUCUCUACUUUUUCAGCAAACACAUGCAUGUACAUGUACAGCUCAGUUUUGUUGUCGUUUUUUUUAUAUUGAUAUAUACCUGGGAGCUUUGGUGAUGACAUGCAAGCCUCUCUCUCAA